GGCGGCGGCUCCGACAUGGCGCCGUGAAGCACAUGGCGGCGGUCAGCGCGCUCCCUGCCCACUCCCGGACCCAGACCCGCUCCCGCUCCCUGCCCGCACAGCUCGGCACAGGCCGAUCCCCCCGCCUCCUCCCGCUCCACACCGCCUGGUCCCCACGCCCGCCCGUUGCCGUGCCCCCCCGGCCUGCGGUGAGCGGGUUGAGGCGGCGGCCAUGGGCGUGCAGGGCUUCCAGGAGUACAUGGAGAAACACUGCGCCAGCGCCGUGGUGCCGGUGGAGCUGCAGAAGCUGGCCCGCGGCAGCCUGGUGGGUGGAGGCCGCAACCGGCCGCCGCACAGCCCGCUCCGCCUGCUGCUCGAUGCCGAGAACUGCCUGCACCGUCUGUACGGCGGCUUCUACAACGACUGGGUGAGCGGCGGGCAGUGGAACCACAUGCUGAGCUACCUGGCCUCCCUCUCCAAGGCCUGCCUCAGCGGCAACAUCGAGCUGGUCGUGUACUUCAACGGCGCGCUGGAGAAGCCCCGCAUCCACGAGUGGGUGAAGAAGCAGAUCAACGACAGGCAGACAGCCCAGCAGAUCAUCAGCCAUGUCCAGAACAAAGGCACUCCGCCGCCCAAAGUCUGGUUCCUGCCCCCUGUCUGUAUGAGCCACUGCAUCCGCCUCGCUCUUCUUCGCUUCCGUGUGAAGGUUGCACAGAGCAUUGAAGAUCAUCAUCAAGAAGUGAUCGCCUUCUGCAGGGAGAAUGGUUUCCACGGUCUGCUUGCUUAUGACUCGGAUUAUGCAUUGUGUAACAUCCAGUACUAUUUCAGUGCACAUGCCCUUAAACUGAGCCGGAAUGGCAAAAGCCUCACAACCAGCCAAUACCUGAUGCAUGAAGUUGCCAAGCAACUGGAUUUGAAUCCUAGUCGCUUUGUUAUCUUUGCUGCACUGUUAGGCAACCAUAUCCUACCUGAUGAAGAUUUGGCUGCCUUUCACUGGAGUUUACUGGGUCCAGACCAUCCUCUCGCCUCCUUAAAGGUACGAGCACACCAGCUUGUUCUACCACCUUGUGAUGUUGUGAUAAAAGCAGUCGCUGAAUAUGUUCGUAACAUUCAGGAUAUUGGUGAUUUGGAUACAGUUGCAAAAGAUGUUUUUAAACGUUCUCGGUCCAGGACGGAAGAUAAAAUUGAACAAUUCAAGAGGGCGGUUGAAUAUUAUUCCAUUGCAAGCAAGCCUUCAUUAUUUCACCAUGGUCCAACACCUUUCCCAGUGGAAGACACCAGCAAUGCACCAGAAUACAAGAGAGUCAGCGGGUGGAAGUUCAUUAACUAUGGCUCAGGUGAAGGAAUGAGACUGAAUCAGUUUGGAAUGCCUGGUGUAAUACCACACUAUCCACCUCCACAGAUGCUUAACAUUCCACAAGCCCAUCUUCAGGCAAAGGCUAUGAACCAACGACUAGUUAGCCAAGUGGCCUCUUCAGGACAGAGACACUCUGACUUGUAUUCACCUAACAAAGAUCAGCCAUCAACGUUAGGAACUUACCAACCUGCUCUGUCAGACCCAAGCCUCGCCCUGGAAUCCAACAAUAGUUACAGCAACAUUCCACAUGAAGGGAAGCAUACGCCUUUGUAUGAGCGUUCCUCACCAAAUAUUUCCACAGUUUCAGCUGUGAGUCCAAAUCAUUGUGUCCUCGAAGGCCCAUUUUUCCCUGCUCCUUCAACGUCAUCUUCAUCUGAUAAUGAGGAGAAUAGAGGUGCUGUCAAUCAUGCUACUGAACCACAUCACCAAGUUGGGCAUGUAUUACCAUGGGGAAAAUCUGGAAAUCAAUCUGAUGUUUUAGACAAAUCUUCUGGAGGAGGGCAUCAGAAAGGUGUUUGUAUUCGCAAUGAAACAAAGGUUGAGGAGCUUUCCGGCAAUCCAGGAUGCCAGGUAGAUGCAAAGAUUUCCCCUGCACCAGCUGCAAGCAGACUUGGCCAAAUCAACACACAUCAUAUACCAUCGCUACUGUCAGUGCCUACAAGAAACCACAUGGACAUAACCACACCUCCUGUGCCAAUGGUAGCUCCAGAGGUAUUACGAGUUGCUGAACACAGGCACAGAAAAGGAUUGAUGUAUCCUUAUGUAUUUCAGGUGCUAACUAAGGGUGAGAUUAAGAUCUCCAUUAGCAUAGAAGAUGAAGCCAAUAAGGAUUUGCCUCCUGCUGCUUUGCUGUAUAGGCCAAUACGGCAGUGUGUAUAUGGAGUCCUCUUUAGCCUGGCUGAAGCUAGGAAAAAGGCUGAAAGACUUGCACUAAGAAAAAAUAGAUUCCCUUCUGAAAUUCCCCCAGUUUUAGUGAAGGAAUGGGCUGCUUACAAGGGGAAAUCACCCCAGACUCCAGAACUGGUAGAAGCGCUUGCUUUUAGAGAGUGGACGUGUCCCAAUUUAAAAAAGUUAUGGCUGGGAAAAGCAGUGGAGGAUAAAAACAGAAGAAUGAGGGCAUUUCUUGCCUGCAUGAGAUCAGAUACGCCUGCCAUGCUAAAUCCCUCAAAUGUCCCAACGCAUCUUCUAGUUCUUUGCUGUGUGUUACGCUACCUGUUGCAGUGGCCAGGGGUAAGGAUCCUUCGUCGCCACGAACUCGAUGCGUUCCUUGCACAGGCUUUAUCCCCUAAACUUUAUGAACCAGAUCAGCUACAGGAGCUUAAGAUUGAAAGCCUGGAUGCCCGUGGUAUUCAGCUUGGAGCACUGUUUAUGAGUGGGGUGGAUAUGGCACUUUUUGCAAAUGAUGCAUGUGGGCAGCCAAUUCCAUGGGAGCACUGCUGUCCAUGGAUGUACUUCGAUGGGAAACUUUUCCAAAGCAAGCUUAUAAAAGUGAGCCGGGAAAAGAUACCCUUGAUUGACCUCUGCGAUGGUCAGGCUGAUCAAGCUACAAAACUUGAAAAGAUGCGUCAGAGUAUUGUGGAAGGCUUAAACCUUUCCAGGCAAAGUCAUCCUAUUGCUUAUCCUCCUCCAGCACCCAUGCAUUUUUAUCAAGCUGCAGUUUACCCACGACCUCUUGGACCAAUUUUGUCACAUCAUAAUAGAGGACGAGGUGUGGGUGGUGUUCAGCCAAUGCCCUCUCAAGGAGGAAAGCUGGAGAUUGCAGGGACAGUUGUGGGCCAAUGGGCAGGGAGCAAGCGUGGGCGCGGCAGAACGGCCUUCCCUCUUCAAGUUGUUUCCGUGGGGGGCCCAGCCAGAGGACGUGCAAGAGGAAUCAUAUCCAGCCCAGCUGCGAGCCGUUUCUGCAGGGGACCCAAGUACCACACUAAAAGUGCUGCUGUCUGGAAUGUCAGAAAUCAGGGGGUUCAGCCAGCCUAUGCUGCUUCGGCAGAAGAAGUUGCUGAAGAAUUGAAGGGGCCUGUAUAUGCAGGAAACCAUGAUUCAGAGGGACACGAGAAGACUCAAUCCGGCCCUGUAGCAAAUUCUUCAGAUAUCCCUCUUGCUGAAAAUGGAGCUUCGGAUGAAAGUAAACCCAUUUCCCAGCUGAAUGGAAACAAAGGAGACGUCAGGGCUUCCGAUGAAACUGAAAGUGCCUUGAAUAAUGACUCUAAAAUGUGCAAUACAACUCCUCACUUAAAUGCACUAAUUACAGAUGGCGGUUGCAAUAGAGAUGAAAAUCUUGGUACUGCUGUCCUGAGAAAGGAAGAGUAAUGUUUUUUUUGUUUUAUGUUGAGGGGGUGAAGGAUGUUUGGAAGGUUACAGAAUAGGAAUAUUUGUAAAGGAUGGCCUACAGUUGCAUACAUUAUUUUCUUCUCAGAGAAACAAGGACAUUGGAAAUUCGGAUCCGUCUUAGAUGUCAGCUGUUUAACAAGCAAUCUUUCUAGCCAGUUGCAGUCGAAUGCUACAAAAUGCAAUGAAGAGCAUUUGACUCCCACAUUCGACACAAUAUUACUAGACAUUCAAACUGGUUGAGACGAGUUUCAUUUUUUAUGGAAGGUAAAGCAAAUAUGGCUUUAAUUUGGCAGUCUUUAAUAGGUUAAAAUACAGUACAGUACUUGGCACCAUAACUUUGCCAUCUUAAUUGAUUUUAUGUGUUGUGUCAGUUGCUUAUUUUAAGAUUAAACUUUCAUAAGCCUAAAAAUGGACAGAACCACAAAAAAAAUCUAUUACUUCAAUGUCAUUAGUUUUGGUGUGGUUAUGUCAGCAAAAGAUUCUUAAAACUAAAAUAAUUCAAUGUUAAGUUACUAGGAAGUAAUAUCGCAGCUUUGGUUUUGGCAAUCUUUAAGAAAAAGCAAAUAUAUGUAAGAAGCAAAUUACAUGUCAAGAAACAACUGAAACCAUUCAUUGAAGAUGCAGACGACCUUUAAAAAGUAAAACAUCACUUUACAAUUGAGAAUUUUGUGAAUAAGACAGCUCUUACCAUGCAUCCGUAAAUCAAUGAAAUCAGUGGUUUUUGAAUCAAGUGUAGACAUUAGUACUACUUCGGCUAAACUUCUGCAUGGUUCAUGAUUUUUGAAGUGUGUAGUUAAUAUUAUGCAUGUUAUCGUCCUCUUUCUUCCAUCCUACAAGUACUGUGCCCAUUUGCAAAUUUUAAAACAGUUAGUCAUAGUCCUAUAAAAAAAUGUUAAAAUAUGUUUAGUCAUUAACUGAUCUUGCUCUAACCUUAAAUUUUGUGGUUAUUGACCUCUGUUGCAUUUAUUCUAAAACCUACAAAAAUUAUCUAGCCACUGAAUGAUUAAUGUUAACCUGGUGUAUUCAUCGCUACUGUAUUCAUAUUGUUCUCUGUUGCUGUUUAUGCAUUUGUAUUAGCAAAGUGAUCUUUCUACAAAAUUCUUGAAAAGCUUUAAUUGUCAAAAAAAUAUUCCCCUACAUAGCAGACAAUUCAGCAAAUUGCUCGUUCUUAAAAUUUCCCGGUAAGAGUUUAGUAUAAGCAGGUAUACUUGUAUUGUUUUGCUGUUUCAUUAGUGUUUCAAAUCAGAUGUAUUUUGAAUCAAAAUUCUUUAUUAUUUCAUUAUAAUUUUUCUGAUGCUCUUCAUCACACAUUAGUGAACGGAAAUAAAAUGUAACGCCCCACUCCCCCACCUCCAAACUCCCCUGCCCGCAACAGCUACAUAGUACCUUUUCUGUAAGUUGAAAGAAGUUCUACCUACAUAUGGAUUGUGCAAGAAUGAACUACUGUUGGGUUUGCUUGGUUGUUGAUGGAUUAUGAUGUGGUGUAAUACUGGAAGGCUAUUGAAUGCAACUUACAAUGCUUAAUAAAAAUCUUUAUUCUUUUAGUAUAAA